UUGAAGGGAAUUUAAGUAGCUGUUAUGCGCAGAAGAACGCUGUCAAAGUAGUUAUUGUUAUUUACCUUGCCAGUUUGCGCGAUUAUUGACGCGAUAAUGUAAAUAUAUGUACCAUGUGAAAUAAGCCCAUGUUUGGUGUGUUGUGAGGAAACAGCGGCUUUUAUGCACUCGUGCGCUUAAUUCUAGAGAGAGAGAGAGAGAGAGAGAGAGAGAGAGAGAGAGACACACAUCUCGUGACCAUGGACAAAAUAACCAAAGACUGCUGUGUUUUGUGGUGUGCUUGUUUAUUCACAGAUGUUGGUGACAUUCAGUCCAGGCUGCUGGACCACAGACCAGUCCUACAAGGGGAGAUCAGGUACUUUGUAAGAGAAUUUGAGGAGAAACGUGGCUUCAGGGAGUGCCGUCUGCUAGAAAACCUGAACAAGAUGGUGGCUGAGACCAACGAAGAAGUACUGCCCAAAUGCAAAGAGUGCAUGCAGGAUAAUUUGUGUGACAUAUUUACCCGAUUGGAAGCUGCCAAUCAUAUGACACAAAGGAUCCAGCAGAGGGAGCUAGAAGCCCAGAAUAGCACACGUCUGCAGGAGUAUAUGGAGAGGCGAAGAGAGGACUGGGAGGAGUUCCUGAAGGAGCAGACUCGACUGAAGGAGGAGGUGGAUGAAGAGCAUGCAAAAGCUGUGGGCAGACUUAGCACCCAGUACAGUGAGAUGAAGAAAGAUCUUACCAAGUUCUCCCAUUUUUAAGCCUUGAAUGUUCCGGUUAAUAUACGGUAUUUAUAAAUACGGUCUAUAAAUACGGUCUGUCUGUUGUGCAGGGGGACUUGUGGUCGGCUGUAUAUUAAAUCCCAUCUUUAUUAAUUAACACAUGACCUUUUGAGAGUUCCUGGUUCUAUAUGGAACCAUUACAUUUUCUAAAGAACUCUUGAGGAACUAUUGUUUCUGUAAUUGCUCAGGGGUGUACAUACCUGGCAUAUAUGACAAGUACAAAAGAUGCUAUGUUAUCUUAAAAAGGAACUAACAGUUUUUUAACAUUUCUGUGUAUUUAUUCAUUAGUUUGAACAUCAAUCAGAGUGGUUUAAUGUGAAAUGCACCAUUCUAGAGGAACGUCAGAGAGCUGAAGCAUUCAAUAUCUCUGAAAGCUGGAGAACAGGAAAUGUUACAGAAAAUGUUUACAAACAUCUUGCCUGAUGCCUGAGACAUUUUACAAUUUUGCUAUGAUAGCUACAGUUUUGGUGUAGAACCUGUUUUUAAGAUCCAUUUAUAGUGGAGAGGUUCACGCAUUGCAUUUUAAGGCAAAAUAGUAUCCAAAGAAUUUUUUUUUCCCAGACGUACCUCUUCAUAUUAUAUAAAAUAUUUGAAGACAUGUAGGUGCACUGGUAGGUUUGGGUAGCAAAUCCAUGCCUGUAUUUAUUUUGGAGACAUCACAACUGUAAAGAAAUCAGAAGUGUCCACGUUUCUCUGCAAUGCACCAUUUCCCAUCAAACCACUCUGAUUGACUUUGUUAACAGCUUAACAACUGAAAAAAAUUGUGAAAUUUCUCUUUAAAGCCUGUGUGUUUGUCAGAGCACUAAAAAAACUAGAGGCAUGUGACAUGCUGUAUGCCAAGAUAGUGAAAUAGUAUCCCAUUACAAAAAUGCCAUUUUAUUAUUAACAGAGCUUGUGAAUAAAUACUCACUUUCAACUCUC